CUAAACAUGCACAGCAUUUAUUAAAAAAAAAAAAAAAAAAUUGUGAAAACUUAAGUUUGUAUUUCCCGGCCCGUUGCAUACCACAAUUUAUUUUGUCUUCUCAUAGUUCUUACACCCCUUUCGAAAAUGGAAUAACCGUGGUUUUGAUGAGUAUACAAACAAACAUUAAAUUCUAAGUAACUAACUUUAUCGGGAUUUAUAGUUAAUGUUUAUUUUUCAAUCAAAACUUUAAAAAAAAAAAAUUCGUUCUAAUACAGGGAUUCAUAAAUAGGUAGGAACACCAUUCGAAAGCAACGAAAUCCAACCGCCGGGUCCGCCAUCAUCGUAUUAUUGAAAUUGAAACAAAGAUACAUAAUGGCCUGAAGCUUUCGAGGGACUUCAUUACAUUACACAUUUUUUGGUAGUGUUUGCAUUUUAUUUAAACUGAAUAUUUAUUCAGAUUCUUCGUGUAUGACCUAAUUCGAAGAUUGUUUUAUGUUUUGAAUAGUGUUUUUGUAGAUUGUUUACGUCCGCCAUGUGCACGCAGUUUGAUUUGAAACAUGUCGUGUAGUGUUAUGUAGAAUGGCCAAUGGUGGACGAGCGGGAAGAAGUGUGUGUUCAGUUGGACCAAUAGGAAUCCUGAAUUCGAAAUUGUGUUUGUGCCUUUGUCAGAAAUAACAGACAUUCUGGGGUGUUUUGAAGGCUCGUGCAUGUGUGUGUGUGAAUACCGUAUUUACUGAUGUUAGGUGAAAUAUAAGUUGAAACUUUUGUGUCGUCAUCGUAUUAAAUCGAAGUUGUUCAUGGUGAGUAAAAAUUAAAUCUUUCCAAUAAAUUUAUGGUGCUUUUAAUUCUCAGAACUUGCGCCAGUCGCUGAAAAUAAGAUCAUUGAAAAAGUCGUUACGAGAUUGACAAGAUGGAUAAGUUACUCUCUGAGGACUUGCAGGAUGUACUGCCUUGUCCUGAUAUAAAGAAUGAAAUUUAUGCUGUGUUGGGCAGGAAUGAAACUGACACAAGCUGGAAUUCCAAUGAUUUUCCUAAUUUGGAACUUGAUGAAAAUUUUGGGACGGAAGCAGGAGACUUGAUGUGGUUUACUGGCAAUGGUAACAGCAAUUCAUCGUCAAACUUCAAUCUUGAGUUUGGAGGGAGCAGUGAAGGUGGUGGAAAGCUAGUUAGUCCUGCGAGCGUUAUGCCAAUUGCCAUGGUGGCUGUUCCUUCAACUUCCUCGCAGUCUAUCAGCAUAUCUACCUUCAGGAGCACUGCAACUGCCACUGUCACUACCAGCACCUUAAGUUUCUCCGGGGCCAUCUCGCCACCACUGUCACCUGUUAAUGUGGAUGAUAAACUGUGUUUCUCACAGUCGUCUCCCGUAGCCAAACCAGUGGGGUUCCUGUGCCGUCCUUCAUCGAUGCAGAGUCAGUCCAACAACGUGAGGAUACUUACGUCAUCUGCCACUAGUAGACUUCCCAACAUACUUUCUGUGUCGAGGAGCAUUUCAAGCCAAGUAGCUUCUCAAGCGAAUGGAAGCAGUGGUCGACAUUUGCAGGUGCAAAGCUCGCAAGUGCAACAGAAGAAGGGGCCAACAAUGAAGUCUCUUGCGAGACACUAUACGGAAGUGGAUGAGGAUGAUAGGGCUUAUCCUAAACCAGCAUAUUCUUACUCCUGUCUCAUUGCUAUGGCAUUGAAAAACAGUAGAACUGGCAGCUUACCCGUAGCGGAAAUCUACAACUUUAUGUGUGAGCACUUUCCCUAUUUCAAAACUGCACCAAAUGGUUGGAAGAAUUCUGUCCGUCACAAUCUAAGCUUGAACAAGUGUUUUGAAAAGAUUGAGAAGCCAGCUUCAAAUGGGAACCAAAGAAAAGGAUGUCUUUGGGCCAUGAAUCCAGAGAAAAUAGCCAAAAUGGAUGAGGAAGUUCUAAAGUGGUCUAAAAAAGAUCCUGUUGGUAUUAAGAAGGCAAUGGUUUAUCCAGAAAACUUGGUGUUGCUGGAGCGUGGAGACCUGAAGUAUGAGUCUGCUAGGGGAUCGCAUGCCAACUAUCACAGUAGUGCAAGUGGAACUGAGGAAAGUGAUAGUGAAGACCAAGCCAGCAGUGCAUCUCAGUCUUCAGUCACCAAUCGGCUGGAUGAUCUAGAUGAAUCAAGUCUGAAUGGCAUUGACAUUGAGGUAGGAGACAGUAUAUAUGAAGACUUUGGUUUGAGUGACGAUACAUUGAAUUUGGGUGUGACGUUUGCCUCAACAGACUCUAGACUUAUUAGCAAGUUGAACAUGGUGAAUGAUAAUGUGAGAGCAAGAAAGAAGAGUCGUUUAAGAGAGGGUCGAAUACAAGGGAACUAUGUUUGUAAGUCUGUGGCUGGUUCAGCAAAUCAGACUGUCAGGCGGAAAAUGCCAUAUUUUUUUCACACAUCUGUUUCACCAAUGGUGAAACUAGAGGACCCAAUUUCUCCCAUAUUAAAACUAGAAAGCCCCAUUUCACCUAUCAUAAAGCUGGAAGACCAAUAGACACUGCUAUGUGUUAUGUUUGUGUCAAGUGCUGCACUUGCCUUCAUAUUUUCUUAUUUUAGGAAUGUUUUACAGAUAUUUAUGAAAAAUGGUGUUCUCGAACGUUUGCAGAGCGAAAUGAAUUGUUACAUGAAGCACGUUAAUGCUAUCAUGAAACAGCAAGCGUACAUAGGUAAGAUUUCAGUAUUCAUCACAGGAAAUUAAAUACGGUAAUUUAAUAGUGAAGCUGUCAAAGCCAACGCUUACCAACCAGUGCUUUAAGACUGAAAAUAUUUAAGGGUCAGAGUUUAAUAAACCUUCUUUGCAUGAGGCCUAAAACAAAUUAAAUAUCUAGCUUUGUAUCAUCUGUAUUGAUACAUUCCAGUUUUUUGAUUUGGAUGUUUAUUUCUUAUUAAUUUUCUAGUCUUUAAAAAAAUUAAAGCUAACAUAGAUGGCGGUGGAGACAACAGUUCUUAUAUAUGCAGGUAUACUCUGAUUUAUGACACACUCAACUUAUGUAAAACUUCAGAACUAUUAAUCAAGUAAAACUACAGGAGUGAGACAUUUUAAAAAUAAUCUGUUUCUGUAAAAUAAUUUGUGUUAAUGUGGUGAUUAAAAUGCUGUAACUCUUUCAACUGAUACUGGCUUAGAACUUGAAUUAGAAUUUAAUUAGUUUAUUUAGUCGACUCAUAAAACAAUUAACAAUAACUAACAAUAGUGUGUGCAUGACUGAGAACUGCUCAAGAUAAGAGGCCAAGGGAAAAGCUGCAUGCAGCAAAUAAAUGUAAUUCACUGUUGUUCAUAUUUUCAGAAUUUAUGUAACCACAGAUUUAUCUAAGUUGCUUCCAGGAACAGAUGCAGAAUUUAUUUCUGGAGGAGAUUUGAAAAAAUAAAUUAAGAAUUUUUGUAUUAAAAAAAACUUUACAUUAAUAAAAAUGGGUUUAGUUACAUUAUCAUUCUAACAUGCUUCACUGCCUUGGUAGUGUGAUUCCAGGUGUAACAUACUGCUUUCACCAAGAUCUUACAUAUUUUAUAUUAUCUCAUAACUUGGAAGGGGAAUGUAACCUCCAUGUCUGCCACUGGUUGUUUGUAUGAUACUCUGUGGUCCAGGAAAAGUAAGAUCUGCUGGCAUUUUACCAGCCACCCAUUGACUAUAGUUUUUGAAGGAUUACAUAAUUACAUCUGAUGCAUAUGCUACAUAUUUAGAUUUAGGUUUUAAGCCUCAUGCAGACAGUGUAUUUUCACUUGUGAUCAUGUUUUCUGUCCAGAUUGUUAGAACUGGGUUAUAUCAGAUUGACAACAUAGACUGAAGGUGCUAAAUGCUGAUUAGUGGUCUUUAUUGAGGGUAAUAUGCAUUAUUGUGGUGAUGAGAACCUCUAGUUGGCUUAGUGAAGAGAUGGGCAGUAUUAAGACACCCAUGUGUUCACUAGCGGGGGAGAUGCUAAUCAAGCUGUGGCAGUCCUUCGUCAUACGUACACCGAUGCUGUGCUGUCAGUGCCUGCUUGUGAAAUGUUGUGGCAGGUUGGAGAUAUCAGCACAAGCUUUUCUUAAGCAGUGUAUUAUAUAAUUUAAAGUUUGGAACAGACUCCCCCCCACCCCUCCCCAUUCUUUAAACUUCCUGAAAAGGUGCACUGUGUGUAUUAUUUUUCAUCAUUUUUUCUCCCUAGGAAAACUUGUGUUAAGUUAGGUAAAGACAGUGUUCACAUGAAAUGAAAUGCAGCUAGUUCUAAACAAAUAGAGCAAACAUGAAUAUUUAAUAAGCAAUUGAUAGUACAUUUCUGCAAUUUUCAUUGUGCAGUGUGUUUAGAUGUUUUAUUAUAUUAGAUACUAAACACAAUUUUAUUUUAUUUAAAAAAAAAACUACAAUACAUCUGUUAAGAAGUAUCUCAAGGUGCUUAGAAAUUUAGACUUCUUAACGGGGAAAAAAUUGUAUGUGUUUUAGGAACAUGUCAAAUUCUAACUUAUUGUGCAGACUAUUUUUGUAAUAGGGAUUUCCUUAACAGGGUUUAACUGUAAUUAUAAUGAAUUUGCAAGCUUUUGUUAGCUACAGUAAAGCCAUCUUAAGAAAAUUUCUUGCAUAGUAAGUGUAAUUAAAAAACAUUGAUACAAACAAUUUUAAAUAAGUUUUCCCUGUUAAUGAUUCUAAAUUUUUAAAUACCUAGAGAAACUUCACCACGGGGUUUUACAGUACCCCAAUCCCUCAGUUAGCACGUCUUCAAAUUGCGCAAAUUCAUUUAGUGUGAUGUUCAUUUUACUGCCCCAGUCUUGAAUAACACAUCUGUAAAUUUCAGUUAGCAAUAAAUCGCCACAUGCAAAAAAGAAGUCUGCUUCAACUUGGUAAACAACAGAUGUACCAUGUUAUACAGUUAGCUCUGUGAAGUAUUUAUCGUUGAAUGUUAUUCUACACAUUUAUAAUAUGUGAAGAAUAUUUGCCUACACAUUUUGGAACGCAUUAAGUAAAUUAACCUUGCUAAUAUGGAGACUAAUGCUUCAGAAUACGUAAUUUCAAAUAACCCAAACAUUUUUAGGAACACGUUAGUUGUGCUAAGUGAGGGAUUGGUGUAUAUUAUAUAUUAAAGGCAGAGAUUUUGUUGGAUUUUUGCCUUAAAGCAAACCAUCUUUUCUUUAUAAUUUGCUUAUCUUGUGAAGAAAAAAAUGUUUUUGUUUUAAUACUUAAUGUUUAAUUCAUUCAAUUUCUUUGAUAUCAGAAGCAAGUUAAAUGUAAUUACAUACUUUGUUACUCUUGCAUCAUGUGAACUGUGCCGAACAUGUCAGUCAAAAUAAUGAGUAAUUAAGUGCAUAAUUGAUAGAUAAGUGCAGCAUUUGACUUGCCGGGGACUGUAGAGCCUUGUGCCUUUAUGAUUCCCAAGGGACCAAAUGAUCGCAAAUAGUUAAAAUAGAUUUUGAGUGGCAGCUGCUGAAUAGAUUGGAUAUAACAUCAUCGUAGUGUGUGGACUUGUGAUAUCAGUAUUAAUAAUUGUAAAUUAAUUCCGAGUGUGUGUGAACAUCAACUUAGCUCAAUUUUUUUUACGUAUGUAUUGAAAUUAUUUUACUUUUAAUAUAUCCACAUGAAAAAUUUGCAUUAUUGUUUUUUUUUAACUUUUAAUUUAACUGCUGCAUCUAAAUUUUUAAACUGCUAUUUGUUGCACAAUGCAAUUCAACUUUGGUUAUCAAAAACCUGCAAAGAUGAACAGUUCAAUUUUGGAUGAUUAUUAUGUAUUAUAUUUGAUUAUUUAUUCUUUGUGUGCAUGUUAUGUGUUGCUCAGCCACAUUCUUGUGUAAUUUUUGGCCAACACAAUGACUAUCAAACAACCAUUUAUUGGACUGAUGUUUUUUUUUUUAAGAAAAUUAAAACUUACUUGCAUUAAAACAUUUCUUGAAUCUACAAUAUCCUUCUUUUGAUCCUUGCUCUAAAAAGAAAAAGUUUACCAACCAUUAUAAGAUCAUUGUUUGUUAAGUGUCAUUCUAAUUUAUAAUGCAUAGGAAUAGAUGUUAAUAUUUGUGUCAUUUAUUUUGAGUUGUUAAUUAGUACUGCAUAAAAGGUGUACCAAGGCUGUUCUGGUAAACCUUGGAUUUAUUUGGCUAUGUCAACCCUAAAUAAGAACAGAUUGUUCUUUAACAUGCUAAGUCUAUCUGAAAAAAGCACAGUGGUGCACCUUUGGUUAACAUUUUAUAUUUAUGUGACAUUUGACUAGUAACCCCUGUUUCUUAGUAAAUAAUCUGCUAUGUAUGUUUGUACUUUUUUUAAAAAGUUGAGUAUGUAAAUGCAUGGGCGUCGCAAUCGGGUGGGAUUGGGGGGGGGGGGGGGGACACACGUCCCCUCCAAUAAUAAAAGUCUUCAAUUUCGUCCCCUCCAAUAAUAUAUUUAGUUUCGUAGUUUCUCUUGAUGUUUAAAUUAAUGAUUUUGUGUGGAUAUAGCACCAGCAGAUAUGUUAACUGUGUUUUUAAAAAUUUGUUCUCUGAAAAUAUUUUUUAUAAAAAAUAAAUUAUAUAGUGCAACCAACUAUAAUUAGAAUAUUUAGGAAAGAAAAAUGCCUAAAAACUACCUUUUUGCAGCUUCAAACCCCAAAUAUCACGGGGGAGGACCCCUGGACCCCCGCUUGUUUUCCAGGGGAUGGAUAUUCCUCAAACAACUAAAUCAAUUGAAGUCCCCCCAAAAAAAUAUAUCCUUGUGACACCCAUGUGUAAAUGUAAGAAGUCAGUAGAAAUGUAAAGCACUACCCCAUUAUCAAAUCUUAAAAAGUCAGUAACUUGCUGCAUCUUAGAAUAGAACAAAUUUUGCGAAAGAAAGGUAUUGUUUAUUGUACAAUAAAACCCAUUUUCUGAGCUUAAAAAGUUACAAAAAUGAUUUCUUUUAUAAUUGAGUAUUUUUGGCUGUUAUUUAUAGCAAGUACUAUUUGAGUGUCCUCUAUAUUGGUAUAUUUUUUUGACAGAUACAAGUUUGGUGUUUGUUGUACAAUUUAGCAUUUUAUGUCACAGGUACAGAAGGGACUGUUUGGAAUGCAAGAUGCAAGCACAUAAAAUAAAUAUUAAGAGAGUUAUGUUGCAUAGUAUGAAAUGUGCCAGAUUUAGCCACAAUGAGACUCAAUCAUAGUUAUCGCUUCCAAAAUUAAUAAUAAUUCCAAUUUAUUGUGGUAGAGGGAGCUCGAAAACUAGUCAUGGUGUUUUUUAAAAUUUAAUUGUAUUUUGGCAAUGAAUUGGUAUCUUGUAAAUGAUAAUGUAUGGUUAUUUUACAUACUUUAUAGAUAAAUUACUACACUGUCAUGUUGCUUUUUGUGUGAUAAUUCACUUUUAAUGGAGCAGAUUUAUUACACUAGUAGUUAUUAUAGAGGACCAUGGAUACAUUUUUACUGAACUAAUGAACUUUUUUUUUUAAUGAAAACAUUUUCCUAAUAUUUAUGAUCUCUAAAUCUUCCUUUUGUACAAUUCAUUUGUAUUUUUGGUAUUGCAGAAGCCCUCUUUUGUAGAAAAACAGUAUGUUCUUGAGCAUUUUGAUUUUAGGAAAAUACUGAGAAACUGGUUGGAAGGCAUUUCUGUUAGCAGUUAUUAGUAUUGUUGAAUGCCUGCAUCUCUAUCAAGUAAGUGAAAUUAUAAACAUUUUUAAUUCAAGGGGCAUAGUAAAAAAUGUAGUGUAAAAGGUUCCUGCCCCUCCCCCAUUUUUCUAAAUUUUUAAAUACUUUUUGUGGGACCAAUUGCACUUGCAACUUUGUGAAAACUACUGACAGAAAGAAAAAAAAUGUAAAUAAUAUGCUAACUUUGUACAGAUUAAAUAUAUUUUUGAUACAAUGUAGCAGUGAGGUGAAGUGUGCACUGUUGUGUGUGGGGCAAAGUUAUGAUUGCUGUACAAUUGCAUACAUUGAUUUUAUACAAUAUGUAAUGAUUUAGUGAUGAUAAAAACAAAUUGCUGUGAA